AUGUUCCUGUGGGAAGCCUUGGUUGGAGGGGUGGCUGGUGUAUUAGGAUUCCUUGGUUUGUACAAGAAGUCCGGUAAAUUGUUAUUCCUCGGUCUGGAUAACGCAGGAAAAACCACUCUGUUGCAUAUGCUGAAGGAUGAUCGAAUGGCACAGCAUGUUCCAACCCUGCAUCCCACGUCGGAGGAAUUAUCUGUCGGGAACAUGCGGUUCACGACGUUUGAUUUGGGUGGACAUCACCAGGCACGAAGAGUGUGGAAAGACUACUUUCCUGCUGUGGACAGCAUUGUUUUCUUGAUCGAUGCCGCUGAUCGACAGAGAUUCGAAGAAAGUAAGAGAGAGCUCUCGUCGUUGCUUCUAGACGAACAGUUAUCCUCGGUUCCAGUUUUGAUUCUUGGAAAUAAGAUUGACAAAAAUGGAGCUGUUUCUGAAGAGGAAUUGCGUGACGCGUUUUCACUCCAUGGGUUGACAACGGGACGUGGACAUAUGUCGCGCGGAGAAGUAAGUUCUCGACCAUUAGAGGUGUUCAUGUGCAGUGUCCUUAAGCGCCAGGGUUACGGGGAGGGUUUCCGUUGGCUUGCUCAGUACAUUGAUUGA